CCGUGUCUACGUAAGCUUUACUGGCAGAAGAAGAAAAAAAGUUGCCUGUCUAAAUACGUCGAAACCCUAUUGCUGGAAAUGAUCGAUAAAGGUUUUGGUCCUCAUUUUAUCCGGGGUUUAUCUUUUCGGGGAAGAGCCACUGUCACCAACACUUAAAUCCUUUCCAAACUAUGGUACCCUUUGCGGUUGUUAAACCCUUCAAAGGUUUUUUUUUAACAAGCUGGACGGUAAGAUAGGUAACUUUAUGAAUUACUCGAAGAAAAUCGGCAGGUUUUCGGUGGCCCAACUCAAACGCCCGAUUGGUGAGGGUGGACUAGGUGUAUUAGAUCCAGUUAUUCAACAUCAGGCUUUACAACUUCGUUGGGUUAAACCUCUUCUCAACCAAACCCCAGAUCAGAUUAUCGAUUCUUUGGAUAUGGCGGUAUUUUGGUUACGGCACGUCAUCUCUAGUACAAUGAAUCCUGCCUCAACUUUGGAUGCUGGCCAGUCCUCAUCAACUUCGUCUCCCCUUGUGCUACACUCCAAUUUUGUUUUGUUUUCAAAUCAAUUACGCUCCCAAGUUCCCUCGAAAUUAAAUCUCUUCUCACCUAUACGCUCUAUCAUUAGCUGCAUCAAUACUCUUCCUGAUCCACAUAAUCAUCCAGAAUUUCAAUUACCAAUAGCGGUAGUAUUAGAGCUUCCAAUUAACAAUAUUUGGUCUACAUCCAGUGAUUAAUGUCCCUUAAAAACCAAAGUAUACAAUAAGGUUCAAGUAAAACACUUCUAUACUUUCGACAGUACUCACUUCCAUCUAAUUCGGCGCGCUCAUCAAGAUCCAGAGAUAAAAUAUCCCAUUCUCGGAUUUCGCUCUCAUCAAAGUCUUCUGCUUGAUUUAGCCUAACUGUAUCCGUUUGCUCUGCGACUAUUGACACCCAACAGUCACUUAUUCGGGUCGAUUGAAACUGAACCAUUGACUGAUUUUUUUCGAUACACUUUAUUAAUCAAUCAAAUUUCAACCAA